AUGCAUGAUAUAAGAUCAAUGAAUCGUUCGAAUCCAAAUUGUUUUCGUCCACGUCCAAGUUAUAAAUAUCAUCAUUCAAUACAUUCACCAUCGUACUUUCUUCCACAACGUAUGAAUCAACCUGAAACUCAAGCACAAUUAGUUGCUUUUACUCCACCAUUGAUGUCAAUUCGAUUACCCUAUUCAGAAUUUCAAACAUAUGAACAAAAUGAUUGUCCAUCAAGAUCAUACAUUUUUGCAUCAAAUUUUUCUGAUAAACCAUCUUCAAAUAGCAAUAAUAAAACAAAAAUCAAACAUGUCACUUUGCAAGAACCAAACAUGGCAAAUGAAUUAGUAAAUACAAAUUCAAAUCAUAUGACUUAUCCAUUAUCAUCAUCUAAUUGGACAUUACCAACUCAUAUGCAUCCAUCUUCACGUCCAUCUAAUCGACACUAUAAUCCUUAUAACUAUCAGUAUUACAAUCAAUUUCGUUCGCAAUCAGAGAUGUUCAUCGCGGCGCUGCCGCUGUAG